AUGCCAAUUAAUUCAUCAAGGAACGUGGUGAUUAACAAAUACUACGGCCACAAGCGCUGCGUGAACAAGUACAUGUUUCGUUGCGGUUUCCCUCGGACGCGGGGGCAAGCCGAGGCGCUGGACAGGAUCUGCGAGCUGGACCUGGUGAUCAGCUUGAACAUACCCUUCGAGACGCUGAAGGAUCGCCUGAGCGCCCGCUGGGUCCACCCGGCCAGCGGGAGGGUGUACAACAUGGACUUCAACCCGCCCCAUGUCCGCGGCGUCGAUGACCUGACGGGCGAGCCGCUGGUCCAGCGCGAGGACGACAAACCUGAGGCCGUUGCUGCCAGGCUCAGAAAAUACAAAGAUGCUGCAAAGCCAGUGAUAGAGCUGUACAAGAGCAGGGGCAUCCUUCACUCCUUCUCGGGGACGGAGACCAACAAGAUCUGGCCGUACGUGUACACCCUGCUUUCCAGCAAGAUCCCACCCAUCCUCUCGGACGAGGAGAACUAA